CAUUUCUCGCCGGGAUGAGGGGUGAAAGGCCGCGGCCACUUCGGGGGGGCAAAAUGGCGACCAGAUUGAGCGGCGGAGAGAAUCGGCUGGUGUCACUGCCGUUGUCGCGCAUCCGCGUCAUCAUGAAGAGCUCGCCGGAGGUGUCCAGCAUCAACCAGGACGCGCUUUUCCUCACCGCUAAGGCCACGGAGCUUUUCGUUCAGUAUUUGGCGUCGUACUCCUACAAACACGGCAGAGGCAAGGAGAAGAACGCCCUCACGUACAGCGACCUGUCUCACACUGCAGAAGAGUGUGAAACCUUUCAGUUCCUUGCAGAUAUCUUGCCAAAGAAAAUCCUAGCUAGCAAAUAUCUAAAAAUGCUUGAAAAAGAGAAGCGAGAUGGAGAACUGGGGAAAUGUGAUGAAGAGGACGACGAAGAAGAAGAUGAUGAUGAAGCUGUGGAUGAAGCUGUUGGAUCUUAAGGCUAGUGAAGAGCUACUUCAUAGUUGAUCCAUUUUCUGUUGUAUAAAGGAUGUUAUUUUUGUGACUGAGAAUCCAGAUGCUGGAUAUAUUUAUACACUGAGCCAUCUGCUUUUGCUCUAAGAAGUUGAAAAAUUGAACUGUGCAUUUCCCGAAGAAUGGAAUUCUUCCCUCAGAAACAUGGUGGCAAGAGAAGCACUAAUGUAAAUGUGACAGCAGAACUUGCUCAGAUGACCGAAAAUGACUUCUUCAGACAAUCAUUAUCCAAACGUACAAUUCCUUACGGGCAGCUCUCAGUCCAAAAGCUCUUUUGCUCUUUAGAAGGGAGCUCUUCCCCAGUUUGUGUUUCUCAGGUGAAGGGAGGGUUUUUACCCAGGAUCUGCUACUCCUAGUCCUCAUCUGCUUGAGGAGCCAGUAAGUGAUCCAACCCUUCUGCAGCUUUCUGGAACAGUGGCAGGACAUUAGUAGUGGACCAAGCCCAAUUUUGAUAAGUGUUCUGUUUUGGUUUUGAUUUAGCUUUAAAAAGAAAAAAUAAUAAAGCUCUUGCUGUAAUGGAGCCUAAACUGGCACAUCUGCCAUUUACAGAAACUGAGUAGAGGACGAGAGCCAUUCCAACAGGGAACGUGUUUCAGCAGCUGUGGUGAUGAGCAGUAGAAGCCAUCGAUAACGUAAAUGUGUGCAGGAGCUUUUCUCUGCAGUCAGUUCUUCACGCCUGCAUUUUGUCCACGGCGCUCUAACAAAGCAUGAGUUGAUUGAAGUCUGUUAAAUGUGGAUUGUUGAGAGUGAGCAACCCUUUCCCACUUGAGUGACAGAGCUGCGUGGCUGAAUUUUCUUUGUUUUUUACUUUACAAACAACUGUCCUGUGUACAACUUUAUAUGCGACUUUUUACAAUAAAUAUUUUUAGGAAAACGUGACAGAGGUGCAGAACCUUCCUGCAGUUUUUUUCCAGCUUCAGUUUACCAUAGAACAAAACUGUAUUACGUCAGGAAGGGUGCAGUGAGUGCUACGUGAUGUUUUACCUGUUGAGAGAUCCCCAAGUGGGUAUGCAGAACUGUGCUGUUGUUGAAAGGGUUGAGGUUUUUUGUUUCUGUAAUCAUUAAAAGUGUACGGAGAGCUGAGGGAAACUGACAGUUGAGCACUGUGUGUUUGGGGUGGGAGAUGUCUGCAGUAAGAUGUGUAAAUUAUGAACAGUGUUUUUCUCAGCACUUGGUGUAGCUAACACUUGCCAGCUUUGGGGGAACAGAAGCAGCUUUUUUCUCCCUAGAAGAAAGUUGCAUGGUAAACCUAUAGCAUAAACAGGGUAUUGGGCAGCAAGGUGAAACAGAGGUGGACUCAAAAACUGCUGUUCACCAUGAUGGUUGUGUUGAAAAGUCACAGAAGAACAGCCUAAUUGUGGAGCUUAACCUCUUGGUUAAGUCACUGCUGCACUACCUGAUCCACAGUCAGGUGGGUCAUGACCUAUGAAUCAGAAACCCAAACCAGCCCCCAGCAAAGAUGUCACUGUACUGAGCACAUACAUCUUGAGGGAAAGACAGCAGGACCGAUGAGCUUUAGGGCAAAUGUGCUUAUAUUUACUAGUGUGGUUUUAGAGCGGCAUUUUCCACCACUGGUUCUUUGGAGCUGACCCAGUUAUCCAUCAUGCCUCUCACAUGAGCCAGUCAUGGUGCUGUGCAGGGGUUCUUAAGGAAGAUAUCAGUCACUUGCCCAAAGCUGCCAUCUUGAGCCUGGCGAGGAGGCUCAGCAUGGUCAGCCACCAUCUGCAGGUUGUAAACCAACACUGCGAUCACGCGCCCAGUGGCACAGCAGGAGCAACGGUGCUUUGGGACUGAAGGAAAACAAAGUUCUCUGGGGACGUGUUAGAUGGUGGCCAGUUGCACGAGGGUCGCUUUUGUGAGACGUGAAGUGGGAAAUUCUGCCACAGAAUUAAGAGGCUGCUCCAGUGCUUGCUCAGUACCAGUGUAUUUUGCUGCUGAAGGCUAUUAGCCACAUACCUGGGCUACGGUCGCAGAUGGACAGAGGUGUCCCUGGCCAAAGGUGGUCUGCACUUGGUCGUCCUGAAAGCUAUCCUCAUUUAUAGCUGAUAGGAAUGUGGCCUUGCUGCCUCAGACCUGUAGCCUAAGCCUGAGGUGGUCCAAGCUGCUUGGGAAUAGCUGGCAAUGAACCAUGGUUUUGUAGCACACCCAGUGUUUGUUCCACUGCAGGAACAUGCAGCAAAACUGAAGCACUUCUGCUACCGUGACUUGGGUUGAUGCAGUCUCUUUUAGCCUCCACAGAAGGAACACAUCCUCCAUGACAGUGCUAUGCUAUUCCUUUAGGUGCUACAAGGCUGUGACCAAGGCCUCCGGAGCCGUAUCUAUCCCUAUCUGGUAUGAGAAAGGUCAUUAUAAAAUGGCUGAAGCUCAAACAAGAUGAGCCAUCCUAAGUGGGCUUUCAUUAGGAGAUGCUUUGCUUUUCUUCUCGUUUUUCCAAGAAUUGAUUUUGAAAGUUUGCAGUUGUUGAAUGUUUCUGCCCUGCAGGGAAGGCAGCUGCAAGGCAGGAAGCUGACAGUACUUCUCAGGGUAUCUUGGCCUCUUUGAAGUGUUCAGAGAUUUUGGACAGCAGAGCACAUGCCGGGGGAUGGAAGCUUUCCAGAAUGAGUGCUAUUAUGUCCGUGUUUUUGGUUUCCUUCCUGCAACACAAGCAUGGAAGAUUCUCCCCAGUACGCCCAGGCUGCUCAAAGGCAAUGAAGCUCCCAUCUUUCUCAGCUUGCAAAAAUGCCGUAAGGACUGUGGUUACCAAGUAUAAAUCACUGUAUUUCAUCCCUCUUAGAAGUUUCCUGUGGGCUGAUGAACAAGCUCUGGGCAAUUAGCAAGGCCACAAGAACUUGAACACCCUUCUGUAUUAAUUCCACCAGAGACCUCUAUGGGGACUUCAUAGCUGCCAGUUUGCCACAACCAACUGCAGCCUCACAUCUGCUCAAGCCUGUCGCCGUUCCCUAUGAGCCUUGCUUGACACAGAGCAAGCUUGCAUCCGCUUCAAAGUAGCGUUUCAAAUCUAAGGGGAACACAGAGUUCUGCCUGAAAUGGGAGGGACAGCUGUGAGUAUUUCCUACUAUUGAAUAAAACCAGUCUGGUCCGCAGGGCUGGGCUGUGUUGGAACUCAAGAGACCUCUGCUAUCCUCCUGACUUGAUACUUCACUGUAACACAGAGAGUUUACUUCGUUUAAGACCUGGGUGCUGUAGGUAUGAAGUCAGAACAGAAUGAAAAGCAGGACCUUCAGGCAAGUGCUACCCAAAGCAACAACCUUCCAUAUGUUAUUCUAGGACAACUUAGGAGGCAUUACGCUAACAGCAGUCCAUAAUGAGCUAUUCUGGAAAGCAACAAGCAGAGGAGCGCCCACAGAAACAUCUGAAACACAUCCAAAGGGUUCAGUGCAGAAGAGAUCACUGGGACCAGGCACUGUGGCUCUUCUAGAACACAUACUCUCUCAUCUCACAAAGUAUGGGUUACAAUUUGAAAAGGCUCAGUGCGGUGUACUAUGAGGAUCUCUGCUCAGCUUUGAGUCUGUCACUGGGACUUGGAACUGCUUCUGAGCUACAGAUGGAAGCCAUUGAUGGCUUUGGAUUAAGUUCAAUAAAAAGACAUCAAACUA